UCUUUGUACCCCCACCUUCUAUCUAUGUCUACUGCGACACCGUAUCAUGCCACCCCUAGGGAUAAUCGCUCAAGAGCUCCAGAGUUCUACGGAUUCGUCGCAUGGGCCUCGACAUCCUUUCUUUUCGUCGUGUAUCUGCUCUGGGCUCUACUUCCAGACGAGUAUAUCUUGUGGUUGGGCAUAGAUUGGUAUCCUAAUAGGGAAUGGGCACUCCUCCUCCCUGCGUAUUCCAUAGUCUUAGUUCUACUGACCUACUGGGUCUACAUCUCGUUGACAAUCUACGGGACACCGCCGUUUGAUAGUAUAUCAACCAUUAUAGACUCCCGUUCGCAGUAUCCUCCGCACCAACCGACGGGUAACGGGCAGAGCUCAGGCUCAGGAUACCUCAUGUACACCCAUUCCAACGCUAAACCAGACCUGUACGAUAUCCCUAUUGGGCUGGUUAAUCGGGUGUUGUACAGUCCUAAGGGGCGUGAAAGUGGUACUGGCCACGCACAUUCUUCGAGCUCGAACGAUCGAACUCAAUGACAUUCUUACUUUGUGAGGGAAUGGACAAUCCAUGAAUGGGAUCGAAAUGGAUAGAAAGCUAGCCUUGUGAGGCUGGUCCUGUCGUCGCUGGGUCACGCACAUUCUUCGAGCUCGAAACAAUCGGACUCGAACUCGAUGAACCAUCUUGUACAUUCUGGGAGGGACUUGUCAUCGUACUUAAUGUUUCAUUCGAGGAACGCGGAAGAAUGACCAAGUAAUGACCCGUCAAAUCUCCAACGCGGUAUCCAACCCAAUACAUACCUGGGGAGAUCUAAAUCAUAACAUGAAUGAAUAAAGGACGGAUACCAUAACUUACAUCUAUCUCGCGGCGUUUCCAUGACUGGACAAACAGCCUCCCUUUCAUCGCCCACGGCGUAUCAAAAUACCAGCCAGACGUAUACUUGGUGAACUCGGCCCUUCCGCUCCGACUUCCUUCAUUUCCAGGUCUACAACGUUCGUGACACAUGUACUGGGCGAUUUGUCUAGCUGCCAGUUUUACUCCUCCCAACCGACUUCCGAUCGUGAACCACGAAUUCAACCGCAGUGACGUCCAGGGGUGUGAGGUCGGUGUGUUAUUUCAUCCACCAGCGGUGGAUCGUGUGAUGAUGAGAUUGAAGGAGUGAGGUGCCAGUGUUGGAGGAAAUGAUGAACGCAGUAGAAGUAAACCAACCCCUACUAAGUUUUUGUUUUCAGUCAAAAAAAGAGCUUCAGAACGCG